GUGGGCGGGCCUCGGAGGGCAUGAGCGCCUACGAGAGAGGCCUCCUGCUGAGCAAGCACUUCGGCAACGCUUGCAGGGUGUGCCCCAUGAGCGGGAAGAGGGCGCCCGAGAUCGUCGGCGGUCGUCUCGAGGAGCUCUUCGACUGGGUGUGGCAGGACUGCGAGUGUUCGGUGGCCGCGUCGGCGACUCUGCACAACCUGAGUCGCAGCGAGACGGAGAGGCUCAGGGCCGAUAUGCUCACGGCGAGGUCGUUGCAGACGGCGCUGCUCGGGGUCAAGUGCGCGUACUGGAAGGCCCUCCCAUGGACGUUGAUUGGCCUCGCGCAGUUGGAUGAGGAGCGGGCCCGUCAGAGCGGGCAGCUUUCCCUCGACCAGUUCGCCAAGGCCCCCAGCGCCCCGCCAGCGCAACAUCGCAUCACGUGGAAGCUGCUCCAGCCAGGUGCCCCUUUCAGGAUCGAGCUCGAGAAGUUCGUGGGAGGCGCCAGCAGAUGGAGCUUAGCAAGCCAUUUCCAGGAGCAGGUCGCCGCUUUCUUUUUCGUGCCGGUGGUGGAGACGACCAUCGAGGAGAAGCAUAGCAGGGUGAGCCAGGAGAACAGACGCCACCACAUCGGGCCAGUCAUGGUUUCUCUUUCAAACCGCAUGCCUUUAUUAGAGCGGCACUUGACCAGGGAGCCGAACAUGAUCGCAUCCUUGAUCGAGGAUUUCGAGGCGGCUCGGUCUGUUGCCAAGAUUCCAGCCCUGCUCAAUUUCGAGACGCACCCAGUGGUCUUACUUCCAGAACGCGGUCAGAUGACGUCAUGGAUUCCUCGCAUCACAAGUAUAUUCUAUCACUGCGACCUGGAGAACGCGUUCAGGUCCAUGAAGGAGUUCAGGAAGUUCGACGACCAGAAGAAGAGCAAGCGCGGCAGGGACGAGGCCAAGUUGUCCAACACCUUCGUGCACACCGGCGAGGACACGAUCCUCCGCUUGGCCAUCUCGGACCACUUCAGGCAGGUGUACAGCUCCGCGUCUGGCAGCUUCUUCUCCAUCCCCAGCGCGGCUUCGCCUCAGAUGGAGUCCGUGGAUCAGUGGAUGAACAGUUGCGCGGUCGAGGUUGCAGAGAGAGCUCGCGACAAGAGGUUGCGCGGCGACUUGGCGGGGGGGCCACUUCUCCCGAUCGAGAACAUCGACCGGCCGGGCGACACCGAUCUCGUGUUCAAGGUCUCUUCGACAACGAUCGGGAACAAGAAGACGGUCAGGAUGGCUCCUGGGGCUGGUCGAAAGCUGGCGAGGACGGACAUUGCAGUGGCAGUCUAUCCCGUGGACGGGUCGAGAAGUUCGGAGGGCAAUUUCAUCGUCCGGAGCAGCUCGAGUCAUCUCAGCACCCACAUCCUUCACGACUUCGGGGCGCCUUCCGAGCUGAAGGGCGGCCUGAAGAUCUGGUCGCACGAGGGCUCGCUGCACUACACUAUUCCAGGAGUGCCUCGCGAUUUAGCUCCAGAACCUCAGCUCUCCUAUGUAGUUACAAUGAUGAUGGGUAGCAGGGCGCAUGAUCACCCAGAUAGUGACCUGUCGCUAUGGCCUGAAGUCACGGACGACAUCAAGGGCCUCGUGGGGGUCUUGGACGAUUUGGACAUUGCAGUGGUUCGCUAUGCGAGCGAUGGGAAGUUGAGGUGCAGCUUGCGCGAGGAG